UGUGUAUCUUAAAGUGUUCACAUCGGUUCGGCGUUGGUGUUUUGGAAAUUCUGAAAAAAAAAAUAAAAUAUAUAAAAAAUUGUGCGGUUUUUUUUUUCUCAAAAAAUCAUGGCUACUACAAAAUAUUUGUUGAUCUUCGCUGUUGUGGUGGCAUUGGCCAGCUCUGCUUUGGCCAUCCGUUGCUACCAAUGUACCUCCUUGCAAAACUCGAAAUGCGGUGAAAAAUUCGAAUCCGAUGACAGUUUGAAAAUGGACUGCAAUCGUGUCAGUGCCCCAUUCUAUUUGUUGCCACUGUUGAAUGGUCGCAGCAUUAAUGCCACCGGUUGCAUGAAACAGACGCUGGAAUCAACUUUGGGUGGCGGCAAACACAUUCUACGUUCCUGCUACUUUGGCGAUAUCUCUCACACGGAAACCGGUUGCAAGACAGAUCCCACAAACUACGGCGUCAAGCAGUUGUCAUGCGAUGUUUGUAAAGACAAUCUCUGCAAUACCUCCUCAUCGAUGAGUCCAUUUGUUGUUGGUUUGAUUUGCUUCUUUGGUUUGGCUCGUAUUUUAUCGUAAAAAUUAAAUAUUUUUUU